AUGAGUUCCGUUUAAAAAGAAUUACAGAUUUCAAAUUGUAGCGAUCGUGGACUCUAUUACGAUGGGUCAUGCUAAUGUGAUCUGGGGUACUUUGGAGUAGAUUGUGGAUUGAAACUGGAAGAACUCCAUAUGGCAACUUAUUAUACUUUUAUAGGAUUCUUUUUAAUACUCUUUACAAUCCUUCUUCUUUUUACUUUAAAACAAUUCUAACUAUCUCUGAAAAUGAAUAAGAUUCCUUCUUAUCAGAAGUAUGAAAAUAGAUUCUAAUAUCAAUAGAGGAUGUAAUUACAUUAAGAAUGUAUUGGGAUCUCCUUUGAAUUGCAUUUUAUGUCUAACUAUAUUAUUUAGUGUACUCAAGAUAAUAUGGUUAGGUUUAGACCCCUUAUAAUUAUAUGUAUAUAUCAUUAAAAUUUGUAAUAUUAUAUAGGAUUAUAAAGAAAGAGUUUGUGAAAGAAUUCUGGCAGAAGUAGUUUACUCUAUAUUAUUUUAUAUAUAUGGAAUAUUAUUAAUGGUUUGGUAUACUAUGUAUGAUGAAAUUUCAUUUAAUAUUUCUGAGAAGAAAUAAAAUAAUAUAGAGUAAUAAGCUCCUAAAACUGAGAAUAGAAAAUUCAUUCUCAUAUAUUAUAAAGACAUCAUGAAAAUAAGACUCUUCUUAGUCUUAAUUGUUUAAUUGACUGUCAGUACAUUAAAUGGUAAUUUUAAAUCUUUAAUUAGGAUUAAGAUUAGGACAAUAAUAUAAAACUAUCUUAUAUAUUGCAUAUGUAGUAUUGUUACUCAAUUUCAUGUAAAUUAGGAUGAUUCAUAAUAGUUCCUUUAUAUUUGAAUUCCUUCUAUAUGGUAGAUCCCUCAAUCAAUGCAUAGAAAAACAACUAAAAAGACUAGAUUAAGAUAAUAGAGAGUAAGAAAGAGAAGAGAAAUUAAAAUUUGCAUUAAAUAAUUAGCAAGUAAACCUUAUUUAUAUUUAUCAAAAGACUAUAAUAUCAAGAACAUAGUUGAUAAUUUAAUCAGAAGAUCAAUUGUAAUCACCAGCUACACCUGAUUAAUAAAUUUUAAGAUUAAGCUCUUUAAGUGCAAGUGAUGAAAGUCAUGAAUAAAGGGAAACAUCUAGAGCCAUAAUCUAAAUUGAUAAACUUUAAACUCCUUCUUUUUUUAAAAAGUAAGUAACAUUCAGAUCACCUCAAAAUAUUCCGACUUAAUAAAAUACUGAAGUUAAGCGAGAUAUAUAAAAAAGUAUAAUGAAAACAAUUGUGAGUGAAGAAUCUCAAAAUUCACUCCAUGUAGAUGAAGAUUUUAAUCAUUAAAAAGUUAAUUCUUGUUUACUAAAUGAGGAAGAUUUUGAUUAAAUAGAUUUAAAAUGGAAUAUAAAUAAAGAAAGAGGUAAUAUUAAGAAAAUAAAAAAACAAUAAAUUAAAAUUGUAGAAUAAACUAAAUUAUAAGUCAAUGAAAUUAAAAGAUAAAAGAAAGCAACAAUUAAAAUUAAUAAUAAAGAUGUUAUUAAUUUAGAUUCUUUUUAAAUUGAAGAUGAUAAAAAAAAUAAAAGUAAAUUAGCUUAAGUGUAUUAAGCUGAAAUGCUUGCUUAAUAAAGAUAAAUUAGAACAUCAAAUCUAAAUGCUGAUAAAAAAGUACUUGCUAAAAUCCAGAUGCUUAUUUAUGUUGGAGUAUUUCUAGAAAUCUGUUUUGGAGCUUUAUCUGUUGUUAUUUUAUUAACUGACCUACUAAAAAAACCUGUAGGUUAAAUUGAUGUUUAUUUUAGGCACUAUUUGUUAUUUGUACAUUUCAGCUAUGCUUCAAUUCUUAUCAUUGAUUACUGUAUUAAAACUUUUUAGAGAUGUUAGAAGCCAAGAAGUUUUGAAUUUAAUUUGGAUUCAAAAAGUAGGAAAUAGAAAAAAUAAGAUUAAUUAAAAAUAUGUUUUUACAAUACCAAUUUAAUAAACAAGAUGGGAUGAAUCUAAGAGAAGAUUUGAGCAAAGAAUUAAUAUGCAUAUAAGAUGA